AUGAUGGUUUUGGAGGAUUUUGGAAUGCACGAGAAGAUUGUUAGCGCUGAGUUGAGUUAUUUUCCAAGUUCUUUGAUGAGUAAUUUAGGAAUUCCACCAGUUGUUAUUUCCAAUGAUCGCCAAGUUUGCAGUUUUAUUGGAUAUAGGAAGAAAAAUUCAUCCAUCUACUUGUGUGUGUCAUUUACGGGAGAAGAAGAACACUUGAAGCAAACACUUACUCAAGUUGAAAUCCGAAAUCAGAAAGAGGAUUCGUCGGAGAGAGGAUUCGUCGGGGAGAGGAGACGGGUCUGA